AUGCCUCUCCAGAUGGAAAACCCCAAUCAUGCAGUUGUUCCCAACUUUCAGUCACCCGAAUAUGAAGAAGCGCGAGCUCAACUCGUCAAUGAAGCCAUCAAUGACCAGCAAGCAGCGACAAUCCUAGCCAAUCUCUGGUGUAUUCAAAACCACAUGGACAAACAUCAAUGGGCUGCUAGACUCGAAGGAGAAGCUCGAGAAGCAGAAGCUGAACAUAGAGAAGCCACAGAAGAAGAAGCCCAAUGCCAACUAGCUUUGAAAGCAGAACAAGAAGCAGCGAUUCAAGAGAAGCACAAAAAGAAUAAAUCCAAGUACGCCCCAAUCAAGAACAUCGACGUCAACGUCCCUUCCAACCCCAUCAUCCUCCCAUGUCAAUACGCCAUAUGGAAGAUGAAAUCCGGCAAGUACUGUGAAUUGUUCUACUUCACUAAUAGCGGCCUAGAAGAAGCCUCCCGCUCCACCUUCACAGCUGAUGAAGACACCCUCAUCAUGAUGCCCACAUCCGAUGGUUUGCACAAAUGGAUUCCUGCCAGUGCAGCUAGAGACCCCAAAGCUCAGGUCAUCAAAGACAAGAACCUCACAUGGGAACAGUUCAAUGAAUCUGCUCCCCACAUGAUCACCCUCAUGAAAAAGAAUGACUGGCCAGAUGACAGAGUCGACAUGCACAUUUCCUUCUGA